AAGGGGUAUCAUCCAAGUAUUUUGGAAACAUGCACAGAUACAUAUUGGCAUUUUAUUGGCCAUCUUCAAUGUAGUAAAGUAAAUAAACUAUGAGGUGCUUCAAACGGAAACAAUAAUACUGAUACUGAAAAAAUUGCAUCAGCGUUAAAUGCUGCUUGGUUUAAAUGUAGAACACAUGAAAGUUUGAAAUUAAGAAUAAUGGCACAGGUCAAUACUGGUAACAAAGACAAGAAAAGAAGCACGCAAGCUUGUUCUCUUGUUCAACGUAUUAUUGGUAACUGUAAAAGCUUAGAAUUUUUGGAUCUAAUGAUAACAGAUAUGUUUAGAAUGAAGGUUCAC